UGCGUUGCAUGAAAGACGGAGCUCAGUGUCGCAUGUAACUUGAAACGAAGUAAAUUUGAAAAUGACUAGAAAAUCGUUUGUACUUGGUGUAAGUGUUUGUAUUUUGUUCGGUUUGUGUUCAACAGCUGCAGCAAACAGUUGCCGUGUUGAAAUUACAAAGCAAAUACCAAAAAAUGAGCCAGUUUAUUUGCUUGAAAAAUCAGACGGUCAUUUGAGCCUAUUUGAGCCAGACGGCAAUAGUAUCGAAAUUUCAUCGAAUGACAAAUUGAUUCUGUAUUGCCCGGGCAGGCGAAACACAUUGAUCCAUUCAAAUGAUAAUUCAGCCGAAUUAGCGUGCACCAGUAAUUUUCGCAGCGAAUUACAUCAAUUGAACUGUACGAAGCAAAUAGCAGGCGACUUGGAAACAACAACAAAAACAUGUCACCUGAACACCCAUCAAGGUUUAAUUUAUCGUGCUGGUUUUGCAUUUGAUCGUAAAUUUGUGGAAACAUAUGAAAUAUGCUACGAUAGUGCACGGGCGUCAGUACUUUAUACGCAUCAUCAAAUCAACGGCAAAUCGAUUAAUUAUAAUAUAAAAGAAAGUGAUCGCAGGAGUUUCAAAGCAAACGGCAUACCAAAGCUGGCUAAAGUUGAAGUGAGCUACCGAAAGCAAACACAAAUUAAUCACUUCAAAAGUAAGCUGGGAACUGGACAACGCUACUUCACAAACAGUUCUUUUCUAUCGCGAGGUCACUUAACACCGGAUGCUGAUUUUGUUUUCAGUUCGGCUCAAUUCGCUACAUACUUUUUUGCCAAUGUUUGUCCUCAGUUUCAAUCGAUUAACGGGGCCAACUGGAAUCGCGUUGAAAAUGUUGCUCGCAACUUAGCCGAACAAGAGAAAACUACCUUAAAUAUUUACACCGGUGUUUAUGGUCAACUGGCAUUGGCAAGUAGUAGUGGUGACUCAGUGCCAUUAUAUUUGAGCGAAACUAAUCAAAUCGAAGUGCCGGAAUAUUUAUGGAAAAUUGUACACAAUUCAAGAACAAAUGCGGCCAUUGUUUUUAUAACGUCAAAUAAUCCAUUUGCAAAGCAAUCGGAUGUACGCCACUUGUGUUCGGACGUCUGUCAAGAAGGCGGCAUUUCAUUUACGCAAACUGCACGACGCGGUUUCACCUAUUGCUGCACUUAUGAAGAUUUUGCCCGACGAGUGGCGAUACAACGUCCAUUGACAGCAGACCGUUUACUUAAACUUCAUAGUAAAUAAUAUGAAAUAUGUCGUACGAACAUUUAUUACGGUUCACAUAUAUCAACAUUUAAUGUACUAGUAGUAUACAUAUAUGUGGAUUUUAUAUCAACCAAAAAAAAUAUAGAUUAUUUCUUGAAAA